AUGUUUGUUAGUUCUUACUCUCUGGCCAACGCGUUCCAAUGGAUACAAUAUGGCAUCAUCAGCAACAUCUUCAGCUACUUCUACAACGUGGACACAUUUUUCAUCGACUGUCUGUCUAUGCUUUAUAUGCUGAUGUACAUCCCCUUUAUCUUCCCAGUGACUUGGAUUUUGGAUAACAAAGGUUUGCGUUAUUGCGCGCUUUUGGCCAAUGGUUUAAAUUGCGCCGGGACUUGGAUCAAAGUGUGCAGCGCGAGAGAAGACCUGUUCUGGGUCACGGUGCUGGGACAGACCGUAUCCUCGCUGUCCCAGGUCUUCAUAUUGGGAAUACCCUCAAAACUGGCGUCUGAGUGGUUCGGCGCGGAUGAGGUGUCGUCCUCCUGUGCCAUCGGUGUCUUUGGGAAUCAGGUAGGAAGUGACGUCACGCUGUGCGCGUCACGUCCAACAGUGACGUCGAGAGAGUUCUGCUCGUUCUUGAGUGAGAGUGAAUCAGAUUGA